AGUGAACAAAUGAGCAAUUAAAAGGAAUUUAUAAAAAAGUAAAUAGGAGAAUACAUUUUCGAAUUCUCUCAAGAAAUAGGCUCCGGAUACUCAUCCAAAGUCUAUAAGGGAUAACACAUCAAAACCAACCAAGUUGUUGCCAUAAAGGUAAUUAGUUCCCAAACAUACACAUCCCCUAUAUAAAAAUCUCUAUUAAAAAAUGAAAUCGCUAUUUUGCUGAGAAUAGAUCACCCACAUUUAUUGCGAGUUUACGAAAUAAGUUAGAGCGCUAACAACACUUACAUUGUUAGCGAAUUGUGUAACGAAGGAAGUCUGGAAUAGUAAAUGAAAAAAACUGAAUUAACAACUGAAAAAGUGUUAUCUAUUUUAUUAUAGGUUUCAAAAGGCAUAUUGGCCUUGCAUGAAAAAAGUAUAUUAAUAUUUCAUUCUAGAAAUCAUCCACAGAGAUAUUAAGCCAGCCAAUAUACUAAUUAAAGACGGUAUCUAUAAAUUAGCUGAUUUUGGGUUUGCCUUAAUUGAAGAUUAAAUUGAAAGUGUGAUAAAGCGAUUUAAUGUUGGUACCCCCAUGUAUAUGGCACCAGAAAUUUCAUAAACCAAUUAAUAUUCUGAUUCAAGUGACAUCUGGGCUUUGGGAAUCAUGCUCUACGAAAUGUUGUUUAAUUGCAUUCCUCCUUAUAAACAAGACAUAAAAACAUUCCACGAAGAUAUAUUGAAGAAGUGUCAGAAACAGGAAUUUAAAUAUUAAUCUAUAAUGAAGACGUUGUUAUUUGGAAUGCUUUAAAUAAAUCCUUAAGACAGAUUAAAUAUAACUUAAAUUAUCCAAAUACUGAAGUAAGAUCAAUGCCAAAGCGAUACUAAAUCGCCAAGAGUCUAAUCUCCUUUGUAGAAACUUAACUAUUAAUUCGUAUAAUCCAGCCUCAAUUCUCCUCUCACAACUCCAAAACCACAAACUUUAGAUAGCUAAAGACAGAAAUACUAAAAGCAUGUUCAAUCUCAUAAUAAAGCUUUAACAUUUGAUCAGAAGAAAUUUGAUUCAAUGAAGAUAUUUUCAAAAACUGAUUGCAAAGUAAAUUCUGUAUCAGAUUUUGCUACUUAAGAGGAUCUCCCAAAAAUAUGUUUAAAAACUUAAAAUGAAAAUUAAGAACAAAUAGGAUAGAUAUCCACUGAGUGUUCAUUUUCAACUUAAGGAGUAAUACAGCAAUAAUAGAGAUAAAAGUUUUAACCUUAAUUAACUUAAUUGCCUGCUAUCAUACUACCAACAUAUAAUUUUUGUUGGUUUCUAGAAAACGUUAUCAAAAAUAUGACUAUGCAAAAUGAACAAAAAUAAAAAUGUAAUUUUCUAUUUAGAAAAUUGUUGGCAAUCAAAGCCAAAGCAUUCUAUUCUUUUGCUCCAAAAUAAUAUAAAGAUUAAUUGAAUGUUUGGAUUAAUUAAUUGAACUCCUACUUUGAAAAAGUCUAACAUGUUUUGAAUUUCACAAUGGAUAACACAUUUCUUAUAUUUUUUAAUACGUAAUUGGAAGAUUAGGGGAAACUACUUAGCAUGUACUUAGUUAGUCUGAUGAGUCAAAUCAUUUUAAAGGAGUCUAAUCCUGAUUACGAAGUUUUAAUUGAUAUUUUGUAAGAAAAUGUCAAACAUCAAAAUGAUCCGUUCCUAUUUGCUAGAAAGUGGGCUCAUAAUCAAUAAAAGUGA